GAGAUUUGAGUGUAGAUGUUCAGAGCUGUUGCUCUUUCAGAUGGUCAGGUGUUCGUAUGGGGUGAGAACUCUCAUGGUCAGCUGGGUUUGAGGAAAGAUCAUCCCGGCUCUCCGUCUGCUCAACAUGUUCAGAGUCUGAGUGGGGUCCCGCUGGCUCAGAUCAGCGCUGGAGGAGACCACAGCUUUGUGUUGUCUCUCUCUGGAGUCGUGUGGAUGGGGAAGAACUCUGCUGGACAGCUCGGCCUCGGAGACACUACAGACAGACACGUCCCAACGGUUGUAAACAGUCUGAACCGGAAGAAAACUGUGUCCAUCUCAUGUGGAGGGGAACACACUGCCACUUUAUCAAAGGGCGGCACAGUGUUCACAUUUGGAUCCGGAGGUUGUGGUCAGCUUGGGCACAAAUCAUUUAGAGAUGAACAUCAUCCGCGGGUGGUUGCUGAACUGUGGGGGUCUGAAGUGUCUCAGGUCACAUGUGGGAGACAUCACACACUCGUAUCAGUCGCAUCGUCAAAGAUGAUCUACUCAUUUGGAUGUGGGACGCAAGGGCAGCUGGGAAACGGAGAAAUGAUCAAUAAGUCUGUGCCUUGCCCUGUGGAUAUACCAACUGAAUGUAAUGAUGAAUAUACGAUUGAAAAACUCAUUGCUGGGGAGAAUCAUUCCUUUGCCUUGUUAUUCAAGGUACAGUAUAUCCUAACCAUUGUUAGAAAUUUUGGUAUAGUUGUUGUUUGUUUUUUUGACCUGGUUAAAAAAUCUUUUGCGAAGUUAUCAAAGAAUGAAAGCUUGAUAUCAGAGGUAGUGAAGGUGGUUCAGCAGACACUGCUGCCGUCUCUGAAUCCAAAUCCAACUGGUGUGGAAUCACUGAGAGUUUAUCUUCUCGUCCCUGAGCUCAUUAGACGUCUCAAGAAACAACAGAAAACCGAAAACAGAAAAACAGAAAAACUCACUGAACUCACUGAACUCACUAAACUCACUGAAGCUCUGGCCUCCAAAAUCCUUCAGCUGGAUCCUGAUUCCCAAAAGGUGUUAGAGAGGUACUGGUCCAAACUCCCUGAUGGUUGGCUCAAAGGCCUGGUGAAGAUAUGUAAAAAAGCUUCAGCUUAUUUGAUUGGCAAGAUUGCUGCUGACAGUAUGAACUUGGACAUAAAAACACGCCUGCCGAAAUCUGUUCAGAUCCUUCAGAUGGUCUAUCAGGUGUGCUGCAGUGCCAACAGAAACAUCACAAAGAGUGAUUUCAUUAUUAAUGAGAUCAAUGAUCUACUAGAUGUGCUGCAAACCAUCAAUGACGAUAUGAUUAACAACUGGUUGAUGUUGGACUUGACUGGACAAAUCCAAGCAGUGAUAGACCAGCAAAACUACCACAAUGCAAUCCUAAAAAAUCUCAUAUCACUUCCAUGCAUCUUUAACCUGGAGGCCAAAUGUAGCUAUAUGAAGAACAGAGUAUGGCAGGGUUGUUUUCCGCUGACCCUGAGACGCACAGCGCUGCUGGAGGACAGUUUCUCUCAGCUGAGAAUGGCCACUCAGGAGCAACUCAGAGAAUUUCAUCUGUCGGUGUUUUACACGGAGGAUAUGAGAAGAACAGAUGUCAACAAAAGGGACUUUUUUCACAAUGUGUUUGAGGAGCUUUGUGCACCAGAGUCUCUGAUGUUUAUGUACAAUGAUAACCAAACUAUGAGCUGGUUCCCAGCACAGGUAAGCAUGGAGAAGGAGAAGUACUUCCUGUUUGGGAUUCUGUGUGGUUUGGCCUUCAACAACAACUCUGUAGUGCAUCUGCCUUUUCCUUUAGCCUUGUUCAAGAAACUUCUCAAUGUCAAACCAUCUCUUGAAGACUUGACAGAGUUUGAUUCAGGUCUUGGCAAGAGUUUGCAGUACAUCCUAAACUACAGCGAGGAUGUUGAGGAAAUGGACAUGUACUACACGAUCAUAUGGGAUGGAAUAGAAGUCGAACUGGAUCCGGCUGAGCCAGGAAAAAUGGUCACAAAUUCUAACAGAGAAGACUUUGUGGACAAGUAUGUGGAUCAUAUCCUGAAUAAAUCAGUGGAGGAAGUGUUUGAAGAAUUCAAGAGAGGCUUCUUCAAAGCGUGUGACAGAUGCAUGGUGGAGAUAUUUGAACCGGAGGAGCUGAGAGGAGUGCUGGUGGGCAAUGAGGAAUAUGACUGGGACAUACUCAAACAGAACACUACAUAUGAAGGAUCAUUUUAUGCUGAGCAUCCAACCAUCAUCUCAUUCUGGGAGGUGUUUGAUGAACUGACAUCAGAUGAGAAGAAGGCCUUUCUGUGUAAGUUCACUAGUACAGUUCACACUUGUGUAAGUUCACAGUUUUUUGGUUUGAGAAUUUUGGGUUUGUGUGUGUUGGAGAUGAGAGUGAGACCCCUGUUCAGCUUUACUCAGGACCAUCUACCAGAGGCCCUCACCUGCCAUUCUCUGUUAGACCUUCCUGUGUAUCAGAACAAGGAAACACUAAAGGCUAAAGUAAUUGAAGCCAUCAACCACAAGAGGGGGUUCUGGGAAGAAUGAGGCAGAUGCUGGAGUACACUGACUAAGAUCUGAAGUUUGACCCUUUAUCUUCCUUGGCCGUAAAGGGGACUGUUUCUUAAUAUAUAAGGGAGUUCUGGGUUUGUUGUA